AUGCCUUCAAAUUCUACAUUUCCUGGGUCUAGUUGUAAAGAAGUACUGAAAUCAUUCUGUCGAUGGACCAGUGUACGUGGAUUACAGCAUUUAGUUCGCUCAGAGCACCCACUACUUCGUACAAUUUGGGCAAUAUUUGUGGCGCUAAUGUGUUUAGCUAAUAUUGGCCUGGUUACUUUGCUGUUGAUACAUUACUAUCAGUUUAAUACAAUUGAAAAUAUACGUACUCUACGAGGAAUUCACGUAGCCUUUCCACAUAUUACUUUGUGCAAUGUUGAUCCAGUCAACUCAUACCGUGUAUAUUGUCUACAAAAUCCGAAAUCAAAAUAUUGUAAUAUCAAUCCGAAAUAUUCAAAUAUUUUAACUAAAUAUCAAGAAGCUAAUCGAUACUUCAAAACUUACAAAGGUUCAACUAUCUGGCACAAACUAGAAGAUCCAAGUAUGGUAGCCAUCUUUUACCAAUUAAUUGGUAUGGAAGCAGCUAUACAAAUCGGUCAUCAAAUGGAUGAUUUUAUUAUACCAAUCUUUUGUGAAGUGACUACAAGAGAGAAAGGUGGAAUAUUGAUGAAACGAAAAUGUGAAGAAGCUGGUAUUCAAGGUUUACAUUUAAUUACUUAUAAAUAUUUCAACUGUUACACUUUGUCAAUGGAAAAUAUUCACAUAAGUCACAAUGCUGUCCGAUUAUCAAUGAUAUUAUAUUUAGAUGAGGAAGAAGAUUUGAAUUGUCGGCCUUAUUGUACACAUGAAUUUACAGAAUGGGCUGGAAGUAAAAUUGUUGUUCAUUCACCCAGUUCAUAUCCUGAUAUUGAAGCAUCUGCUUUGAAUUUAUUACCAGGUGCAUCAAAUCAAAUUCUUAUCGAUGGUAUGCAUCGUAUUGAAAAAAAGAAUAUGGAAUCAAAACCAUGUGAAAAUAAUGAACGAAAUUUUUCCAUUGUUUAUUUUGAUCAUGCUCAACAAGAAUUUAAACAAAGAACAAUGGGUUAUACAGACACAUUAUGCAUGCAGUUAUUGAUACAAAGUGCAACAAUGGAAGAAUGUCAUUGUAUUGAUUUUUUGAUGCCUAUACCUGGUACACAAAUGGAAUUAGUUAAUCAGUUACCAUUCUGUGGUAAUUUAUCUCGUUCCACUGUUAAUGAAAGUCUUGAUUGUAGUCAACAGGUGAGACAAAAAAACUCCAAAUACUUCCGUCAUCUAUGCCCGAUUCCAUGUGUACAAAUGCAGUAUAAUUAUGAAUUGACUCAAUUAAGAUGGCCACAAAAACCGCGUAUAUUAAAUUAUUAUGCUCAGCUGAAAGAUCGUUUCGAUUAUAAUCGAAAAUUUGAUAUUUAUGAAAAAAUUGAAGAAAUCUCUAUGAUCAAUGCAACACAAGCGUUAACCAUGCUACAGCACACAGAUAUAUUUGAGAAGAAUUUUCUACAUGUUGAUGUUAAUCGCCCGAAUUUCGAUACAUUAAUGUCUUAUAGAGAAAAUGAAGAGUACACUUUACCAACAUUAUUAAGUCAAAUCGGUGGAAUUUGCAGUAUAUUUCUAAGUUUCACUUGUGUUACAGUACUAGAGUUAAUUGAACUAUUAUGUAGACUAAUCACUAUUAUAUAUCCAAGAUUGCUAACUGUUUCCAAAAAUGCAAUACAUUAUUUAAAUAUGAAAACUUUAAAAUUAAAUUAUACCACAUCUACCAAUGAUAAUAACAACAAAACUAAAACUACCUUGAAUGAAUCAACAAUGAAAUUAUCAACACUUUUGUAUGAAAGACAUGAAAAUCACAAACGUCGUGAUACUUAUGUUAAUUACACAAAAGCUAAUAUAGUAAAUACAAUCAAUGAUAAUGAUGAAUUGAAUUGUUUCAAAGAAUUAUUACUUACUAAUAAAACUAAUAGUAGCAGUAGUAGUAAUAUCAAUAAUAUUAAACUUAGAGAAUAUUCUUACAUUGGUUUAUCUAGCAAUGACAUAGAAAAUUAUCUAACAAAUAAUUUUAUACAAAUUCAUGAACCAGAUCAUAAUUAUAUUGCGCAUAAACCUACAAUACAAUUACACUCUAAUUCAAAUUAUCAAAAUAGAAAUCAAUCAAAAUGUAAUUUAGAUAAUUCAUUUACUAAUCCAUAUCAUGAACAAACAAAUAACAAUUUCAUCUUACAUCACAUUUUCAAUCAGAAUGAUGAAUGUGUAAAUAAUAAUAAUAAUAAUAACAGUAAUAACAAUAAUUUGAAUAAUUAUCAAUUAAAGACAAAUCGAUAUUCAACAACACUAACACCACCAACAAUGAUUAUCAGAUCCAAAUCAUUUCCUGACUUAUUUUUAUUACAUCAAUAUAAUUAA